UAUGUCAAUCAAUAAAACUACAGAAAAUAGAAGGCUACGAUUUACGGCAGCCGAUGAUGUUGCGCUAUUAAGAGAAGUCGUCGGAUCGAAUCCGUUCGAGGAUCCUACGGCCUGGUCAGAAAUUGGUCGUGAAGUUAACUCAACGACAAAUAAAAAUUUCACGCUUCGUUGUUUAAAAGAGCACGUCGAACAUCUAAUAAAACUGUAUAUACGGGGCGAUACAGCGAAUUUGAGAAAAUCAGGAACAGAAGAAGAAUACGCAGAAAAACAACACCUGCUGGAAAUGGUCACUGUUUUAAAAAAAGAAACCAUGAAACAGACGAAAUCUGUGGUGAAGGCAAAAAGCAGCAUGGUGACUCGGGACUCAGUUUUAACAAUCGAAGAUUUUAGCCGAGAUGCUACUCGAAGCAUUUCACCAACUGACAGUAUGUUGGCCGGACCAUCCCGAUCCGUUUUUGUGCAAGCGACAGAAUCUCCGACGUCAUCAAUUGCUGAUACAGCAGAACCACACAGAAAAAAUUUGGCAACAACCGCAAUGAGCCUUGCUAUAGAAUUUUUGAAAGACAAGGCAAAAAUGAAAGCUGAAUUCAGGGAAAAAAAAUUUGCCUUUAAGAAAGAAAUUAAAGAGAAAGAACUUGCGCUGAAGGAAAGGGAGAUUGAACUAAGAGAAGGUCAGUUAAAAUUGGACAGAGAUAAGUUUGAGCUUGAGAGGCAGGAAAGGGAAGCAAAACUACAACGAGAUAUGGAAAGAAAGACGAACGUAUAAUCAAGAAAACAGUGUUUUGUUGUAGAUAUCGUCUUAUUUUAAAAGAUACUGUGCAAUAUGUACAAAUGUAAUUUAAAAAA